AUGGACACCACCUUGUGGACUUUAAAGGUGUUACUGCUAUUUCUGUUUACUGCAGGACACUGUGCAAAAGGCAAGUCACAAAGCCAGAGUGGAACUUCAAUAAGACUCGCUCGUUCUACCGACAAUGUGGAAAAUAAUGAUGGAAAAAGGUGUGGCUACACAUUCUUGGUACCCCAGCAGAAAAUCACUGGGCCAAUAUGCGUCAGUACCAAAGGACCUGGGUCAAAUAAAGACCAGGUGACUAGAAUGGACUUGGAAAAUGUUAAAGACUCUCUAGCUAAGCAAAGGAGAGAGAUGGAGAUGCUACAAGUUCUAGUGGAUGUUGAUGGAAAUAUCGUUAGUGAGGUGAAGUUACUGAGAAAAGAGAGCCGUAACAUGAACUCCCGCGUGACACAGCUUUAUAUGCAGCUGUUACAUGAGAUUAUACGUAAAAGAGAUAAUUCCCUAGAAAUCGCUCAGCUAGAAAACAGGAUUCUUAAUGUAACGGCUGAGAUGCUUAGAGCAGCCACACGGUACAAGGAACUGGAAACAAAAUAUGCCUCCCUUGUUGAUUUGGUCAACAACCAGUCUGCCAUAAUAACACUUUUGGAAGAACAGUGCAUGAGGGUCUUCUCCAGGAGGGAUAGCCAGGGGUCACCACCUCUAGUACAGGUGGUACCACAGCACAUCCCAAACAGUCAACAGUAUACACCUGGACUAGCAGGUGGCAAUGAGAUCCAAAGAGACACAGGAUACCCAAGGGCCAGGGACAGCCGGCAGCCACCGCAAGCCCCAGCGCCGACAGUCAGUCCAUUUCGUGUGCCUCCGGUGACCGUGAUCAAUGAAGGCCCAUUCAGAGACUGCAAGCAUGCCAGAGAAUCAGGAUUUACUAGCAGUGGUAUAUACUUGAUAAAGCCCACCAAUGCCAAUAGUCACAUGCAGCUAUGGUGUGAGAACAAUCUGGACCCUGGAGGCUGGGCAGUGAUACAGAGAAGAAGUGAUGGAUCUGCUAACUUUUUCAGGAACUGGGAGACAUACAAGAAAGGCUUUGGAAACAUUGAUUCAGAAUAUUGGCUGGGAUUAGAGAACAUCUAUCAGCUGACAAACCAGGAUAACUAUAAACUGCUGAUUGAACUGGAAGACUGGAACAAUAAGAAGGUCUAUGCUGAGUACAGCAGCGUCCGUAUAGAGCCAGAGUCUGACUUCUACAGGCUUCGACUUGGGACAUAUCAGGGUAAUGCUGGAGACUCCAUGGUUUGGCACAAUGGCAAGCAGUUUACAACACUGGACAGAGACAGGGACAUGUAUACAGGAAACUGCGCUCACUUCCAUAAAGGAGGAUGGUGGUACAACGCUUGUGCACACGCCAACCUAAACGGUGUUUGGUACAGAGGAGGAGUAUACCGUAGUAAGCAUCAAGAUGGCAUCUAUUGGGCAGAAUAUCGGGGAGGUUCCUAUUCACUCAAAAAGGUCCAGAUGAUGGUAAGACCAAUAGACUGA